UUAGGUAAUCCAUGUGCAUGUCCAUGUUUCAAAAUGAGCUACCUUAUGGAUUAUUUCCUGAUGCAAUGCAGGUUCAGGGGAACUCUUUCCAGAAAAAGGUGACAUUACUCUUCGGGAUUCGCCAUGCUGUAGAGGAAAAGUCUAAUGGGCCAAGUCAAGGGGGACCAAGACAAAGAGCUGAAGCUUUGGCUGUCUUGUCUAAUGCCUUUAAUUCAUCUUCUGAUAUGACAUCCAGUAUGUCAUAGGAUAGAUUGAAUGGGCUGAAUCAAGGAGGACCAAGACAAAGAGCAGAAGCUUUGACUACUUUAAACUCUGUAUUUAAAUCAUCAUCCGGAACCAAAAGUUCUAGCCCUAAGACAAUUGGAAGAAGUCAAGGAUCACAAAGAGCAGCAACAGUAGCUGCUCUCUCUCAAGUUCUUACUGCUGAGAAGAAGAAACAAUCACCUAAUUCUUCUCCUGUGGCAACCAGAAGUCUUGUUGUAGAAACUAGCACUUCCGGUGAGAAAUAUAGCUCUUAUUGUCUAAGUUAAAUGUGUCACAAAAGAAAGAUUAGCUAUUAUGAGAAGGUUAGAGCAUCAAGUAGUUCUAGUGCAGUUUCACUACCACGGCC